AUGUUCCCCUUCGCCACGAUCACUUCCCUCCUCGCCAUCGCCGGCGCAGCUAGCGCGACGCUGGACCCGGCUACUAGCAACACCAAGGGCGCGUACCCUCGAAACCCGGGCUGCUCCCCCUCCAAGGUCUCCAACGCCAUCCAGGCGGCUGAGUGCGCGUACAACACCCGUGUCUCGGGCCAACAGACGUUUGCCAUCUUCCGUGUCGAUCACCAGUACGAUAACAACAACGGUGCCCCGUACGGAACUUGCGAGGCGUAUCAGUGCACCUCGCCCACCAGCGAUCAGAUGACUGCCGACGAUGACUACUGGACCUUUUUCUGGACUGGUAGCGGCGAGUCCUCUGGCGUUGGAACCACCUGCAUCAAGGACCCCAACGACGGUACCUGCGGAUGCGAGAACUCGGACGGCACCUUUAUCCACGGUGGAACCAACUGCGUUUAA